AUGGACGGUCUCACUUCUACGAGCGAAAUCAGAGACUUUGAAAAAGAAAACUCGCUUUCGCCUUCGGGCAUGACGGCGCUGACGGGAAUUGCGUCCGCCGCAAUGCAAGACCAGGCAUUCUCUGUGGAGAUUGAUUAUCUGGUGAAACCUCUCUCUCUACGGAAGUUGAGAAAGACCAUGAACAUGGAAUGA